UUUUCCUCCGCCGAUGAUCUGUCUCGCCUGUACCUCUAUCCUGCUCCACUAGCCCGGUCAUGGAGCUCGCAGCGAGGUGUGUGUUCCUGCUCUCCAGCUUCGCCGCGCUCGCAGCGCUCGAUCUGGACGCGAUUGAGCCCGGCUUCUAUGUGGAGACCAGCAGCCCAUCAGAUGUGAUCGACUAUAAAGAUCCCUGCAAAGCUGUGGCUUAUCUUGGAGACAUUGCACUGGAUGAGGAAGAUAUGCGCAUGUUUAAAGUGGACCGCAUUGUGGAUUUAGCCCAGAGAACGGUCACAAUUCUGAAUCAUACCGAUACAGGUUCACUUUCCAAUGACACCAGUCCAAACAAUACGGCAUCCCAUCGCAGGAAGAGGGCGGCGACGUCCAGACCUGAGAGGGUGUGGCCUGAGGGUGUCAUUCCUUAUGUCAUCAGUGGGAACUUCAGUGGUAGCCAGAGAGCCAUAUUCAGACAGGCUAUGCGACACUGGGAAAAACACACAUGUGUGACGUUCAUUGAGAGAACAACAGAGGAGAGCUACAUCGUCUUCACCUACCGGCCGUGUGGGUGCUGUUCGUAUGUCGGCCGGAGAGGAGGGGGUCCGCAGGCUAUAUCCAUCGGGAAGAACUGUGAUAAGUUUGGAAUUGUGGUGCAUGAGCUUGGUCAUGUGAUCGGAUUCUGGCAUGAGCACACGCGACCCGACAGAGACGAGCAUGUCAGUAUUAUACGGGACAACAUUCAGCCAGGACAGGAGUACAACUUCCUGAAGAUGGAGCCUGGUGAGGUGGACUCACUCGGAGAGGUCUAUGACUUCGACAGCAUCAUGCACUAUGCAAGAAACACCUUUUCCAGAGGGAUAUUUUUGGACACCAUUCUGCCACGAUAUGAUGUGAACGGAGUCCGGCCGCCCAUCGGUCAGAGGACCAGAUUGAGCAAAGGAGACAUCACACAGGCACGCAAACUUUACAAGUGUCCAAGAUGUGGAGACAGUUUGCAGGAGAGUAGUGGGAACUUCUCUUCUCCUGGUUUUCCCAAUGGUUAUUCAGCUUAUAUGCACUGCAUAUGGAGAAUUUCUGUCACACCAGGAGAAAAGAUCAUUCUGAACUUUACAUCUAUGGAUUUAUACCGGAGCCAUUUAUGCUGGUAUGAUCAUGUGGAAAUCAGAGAUGGAUAUUGGAGGAAAGCACCAUUGAAAGGUCGAUUUUGUGGGGAUAAAUUACCCGAGCCGAUCGUCUCUACAGACAGUCGCCUGUGGAUUGAGUUUCGCAGUAGCAGCAACUGGGUGGGAAAGGGCUUCUCUGUGGUUUAUGAAGCUAUUUGCGGUGGGGAGGUGAAGAAAGACAAUGGUCAAAUUCAGUCUCCGAACUACCCAGAUGACUACAGACCUAACAAAGUGUGUGUGUGGAAAGUCACUGUGGCUCAGGGAUACCACGUAGGCCUUACCUUCCAGUCUUUUGAGAUUGAGAGGCAUGAUAACUGCGCGUAUGACUACCUGGAGGUUCGAGAUGGGAACUCAGAAAGCAGCCCGCUGUUGGGCAGAUUCUGUGGUUAUGACAAACCUGAUGACAUUAAAUCCAGUUCCAACCAGCUCUGGAUGAAAUUUGUGUCUGACGGUUCUGUCAACAAGGCUGGAUUUGCUGCUAAUUUCUUCAAAGAAAUGGACGAGUGCUCCAGACCCGACAACGGUCGCUGUGAGCAACGCUGUGUCAACACGCUCGGCAGUUACAAGUGUGCCUGUGACCCUGGUUACGAACUGGCGGCGGACAAACGGAGUUGCGAGGCUGCCUGUGGGGGUUUCAUCACCAAGCUGAAUGGGUCCAUCACCAGUCCAGGCUGGCCCAAGGAGUAUCCGCCCAACAAGAACUGCAUCUGGCAGCUGGUGGCGCCCACGCAGUACCGCAUCACCCUGCUCUUCGACGUCUUCGAGACUGAGGGGAACGAUGUGUGCAAGUAUGACUUUGUUGAGGUGAGGAGCGGACUCUCUGCCGACUCCAGACUGCACGGGAAGUUCUGCGGAGCUGAGAAACCGGAGGCCAUCACCUCUCAGUACAACAACAUGCGCAUUGAGUUUAAAUCUGACAACACUGUCUCUAAGAAGGGCUUCAAGGCACAGUUCUUCUCAGAUAAAGACGAAUGCUCUAAGGAGAACGGCGGAUGUCAGCAUGAAUGUGUGAACACUUUUGGCAGCUACAGUUGUCAGUGCAGAAGUGGCUUUGUACUUCAUGAGAAUAAACAUGACUGCAAGGAAGCCGGUUGUGAUCACGUUGUGAACAGCGUGAGUGGGACCAUCACCAGCCCUAACUGGCCAGAUAAAUACCCCAGUAAGAAGGCCUGCACCUGGGCCCUGUCCACCACUCCAGGACAUCGGAUCAAAAUAGCUUUCAAUGAAAUCGACAUGGAGCCUCACCUGGAAUGUGCUUAUGACCACAUUGAGAUUUAUGAUGGUCGGGAUGGGAAAGCGGCAAGCCUCGGACGCUACUGCGGCACCAAGAAACCUCAGCCAAUCAUAUCCACCGGAAACAAGAUGUUCAUCCGCUUCUUCUCUGACAACUCGGUGCAGAAGAAAGGCUUUGAGGCUUCCCAUACUGCAGAGUGUGGAGGUCGUCUGAAAGCGGAGGUGAAAACUAAAGACCUUUACUCUCAUGCCCAGUUUGGUGAUAAUAACUACCCCGGGGCAUCAGACUGUCAGUGGGUGAUCACAGCAGAGAAGGGCUACGGUGUGGAGCUCAUCUUCCAGACCUUCGAAAUCGAGGAGGAGGCCGACUGUGGCUAUGAUUACAUGGAGCUGUUUGAUGGGGCGGACACCAAAUCACCCAGACUAGGCCGUUACUGCGGAUCAGGGCCUCCAGAGGAGAUCUAUUCUGCUGGCGACUCCAUCGUCAUCAAAUUUCGCUCAGACGACACCAUCAAUAAAAAGGGCUUCCACGUGCGUUACACCAGCACCAAGUUUCAGGACACACUCCACUCCCGUAAGAAGUGACCCUUAGUGGCCGGGAGGGGCCAUGCAGGGCCUAGGGGGAAGCGAAAGGGCCCCAGGGGGAGGGUCUCGCCCAUCGCUCGGAGCCCCCCGGCCGCAAAGAACACCAAGACUCGACGGACCAGCCGCAAGAACGCCAACCGCACCUCAGUAGUUCACAGGGGUUCUGGCAUCCCCUAAUGACUGUGAGGAGUAAAGCCAUUCCGCAGUAGACCUUGUUUUUACCUUUUUUUAAUUAUUACAUUUGGGGAAAGAUGUGGAGGGGGGAAGGGGGUGGAAUGUAUUCAGUUGCUGGAUACCAAUAUAGGGGCAAAAUCGAAAGGGAUUAUUGUAUGGGAGGGUGGGCGUAGUUGAUCGGCUACUGGAACCCCCCCCCAUUUUUCAUCUUUCAUGAGCCAAGAGUGCGUUUGAAAAACACAAAUACACUGAGUAACUCCUGCAGGAGAACCAAGCAGUCAACCAAACCAAUCAUCUGUGCAACUGUGGGAUAGAGGAAGUGAGAAAUGAGUGGAGCAGGGCAUUCAGGACGGGGUUCCUUGCAGGUUUUCCAACCUUGAAAUGUGAGAUUUACCGCUGCACUGUGUGGAAACAAUCAUCUCUUCUUGACAUUAUUGGCAUUGCUUGUUCAUAACGAGUCUCGUUGGCCAUUGUGGGCCGGUUUCAUUGUCGUUACUUGAGCAAAUGACACUGUAUGUCAAAGAGAUGCAUGUGGUACAGCUAGAAGGAAAUGUGGAAGUGAUGGCACCAGCAUUUGUAAUAACUCGCUUUUUCCUGGCCACUAGUCCAGAAGGUUCCCUGCCCGAUAUUAUCACUCUCCAGGAGGUUUUCCAGAAACAGUUAUCAUAUUAAAAGACUAAUAAACAAAACGUGGCCCAUGUCUGAUGGCUGUUAAUUGUUUUUGCAUAAAAACAGAAUGGUGGAAAAUUCUA